GUGCUGCAAAAGUACACAUCUGGUAAACAGUUCAGUUUGAACUGAAAGACUUCACAGGGCAGAGGGCUCCAUCUAAGCAGAAAUGGCCACAGACAGCAGGUUCUCAUCUGAAGAUCAGUUCACAUGCUCCAUCUGUCUGGAUGUGUUCACUGAGCCUGUUUCUAUACCAUGUGGACACAACUUCUGCAAGGGGUGCAUCAGCCUGCACUGGGAAGGCAAAGAGCUGUGUAAGUGUCCCCUGUGCAACCGGAAGUUCAGGAAAGGGCUCAAAGUUUGUGUCAACAUAGCUUUCAGAGAUGUUGUGGAGAGCUUCAAGAAGAGACAGAGUGUGAUAUCUAAUAAUGAUACUCCAAUUAAACCAGGCCAGGUUGCAUGCAACUGUUGCCUUGAUAACAAGGUCAAGGCCUCUAAAACUUGUUUGGUGUGCUUGACCUCCUUCUGUGAGACACACCUUGAACCUCAUCGUAAAGUGGCUGCCUUAAAGAGACACAAACUGACCCACCCCGUGCACAACCUGGAGGACAAAAUCUGCAAGGAGCACAACAGGAUUGUGGAGCUGUUCUGCAGGGAUGAUCUGAUGAACAUUUGUGUCCAGUGCACAGAGCACAGUGAUCAUGAUAUAGUCCUGUUAGAGGAAGCAUAUGUUGACAAGAUGGCUCGGGUGGUGAUGAAGAAAUUGAAAGAGCAGGAAGUUAAGCAAAGGCAAACUGUGAUGAAAGACAAAGAUGAAGCCACAGAAGAGCAAAGCCAACAAUCUUUUUUUAUGCUUGUACCUGGAAAUAUGGGCAUUUCUGGGGGGAGAUUCUGCUACAACAUUGAGCUCCCUGUAGGCACUCACUGGUAUGUGGGAAUUGUUAGACAGUCAUUUUACAGGAAGAAGACAUGGAAUUUUAACCCUAAGUUUGGAAGCUGGAUCAUAAGGCUGGAUCAUAGCUGUAUUUGCUUUGCUUUGUACAAAAACCCUGUACCUUUUUUCUUGAUCAGGAAACCUGACAGAGUUGGGGUGUGUGUGGACUAUGAAGAAGGAUUAGUGUCCUUUUUUGAUUCAGACACUGGGACCCCCAUCUUCUCUUUCACUAGCUGCAAAUUCAAAGAGAGAGUUUUUCUGUUUUGUGGCCAAGAGAAAGCUGGUUGGGUACAGAGACUGAAGAUGAAAGUUCAGAACAUCAAACCUAAAGAUAUCUUAUUAGUCUUUCUUUGUAUGGUAUUUUUUCUGAUUUUGAUGACAAGAAAUUAAACAUCACAAUAUCUUUUGCAAUGACAGAGUCGAACAUUCUUCUGUGUGAAACUGUUUAUGAUGAGAUCAGCUUCUGGUCAUUCUUAAAGACAGUUUACUGCAAAUGUUGAAGGUGUUUCUCUGUAAAGUCUUUGAGAUUAUUUGUUGAUAAAGUUGCACUUUUAAUUUUUAACAGUGUAACACCAUUCAUUGAAAAAAACAAUAAAAAAUUUUGAACAAUAUGUCAAAUAAUUUAAGUAACUCAAAAAGAUAUGUUCUAGCCACAGUCAUGACUUUCCAUACACUUAGAUACACAGUUAAAUGCACACA